UCUGAUGGGGGAGUAGGUCCCAAGAUUUUCCUCAGGUUGAUGAUGGCGGAUAGCCUGAUUUUAGCAGCAAUAUGUCAAGAAACGACGUCGUAUCCCCUAGCAAAAAACAACAAAGACUGAUAUUGACAUUAUCACUCACCUACUACUUCAUCAUCUUCUUCUGCUACAAUAUUAUGCUAUUUCUUAUCAACACUUAAACCACCUAACAUUCUCUCUGCCACCAUUGUUGCAAGCUAAGAAUCAUCGAAUGGAAUCAAGCGGCACCGUUUUGUCGGCUUCUUCAUCUUCUUCUGCUGACGGGGCGCAAAUGAGGAGCGGUGGAGCAGGAGCAGGGGGAGAAUUAAGGAGAAAUGCAACCCUAAUUUGUGCGCCAAUUAUGGCGGAUUCUGUUGAUAAAAUGUUGAUUUUGAUACUUAAAGCUAAAGAAAUUGGUGCUGAUCUUGUUGAAAUUCGUUUAGAUAGUUUAAAAACCUUUACUAAUCCUCACAAUGACCUUAAUACCCUCAUCACUCGUUCUCCUCUGCCCACUCUUUUCACUUACAGACCAAAAUGGGAGGGUGGUCAGUAUGAUGGUGAUGAAAAUGAAAGAUUGGAUGUACUUAAAUUGGCCAUGAAGUUGGGAGCUGAUUACGUCGAUGUUGAACUUAAGGUUGCUCGCGAGUUCAAUGAUUCCAUAAGUGGAGAAAAGCCGGAGAAGUGCAAAGUUAUUGUAUCGUCUCAUAACUAUCAUUAUACUCCUUCUGUUGAGGAACUUGGUAACCUUGUGGCAGAAAUACAAGCUGCUGGAGCUGAUAUUGUGAAGUUUGCAACUACUGCUGUUGAUAUUACUGAUGUAGCACGCGUUUUCCAAAUUACCGUCCAUUCCCAAGUUCCGAUUGUUGGAAUGGUUAUGGGUGAGAGGGGUUUGAUUUCACGGAUACUUUGUGCAAAAUUUGGUGGGUAUCUCACUUUUGGCACCCUUGAGUCUGGUAUAGUUUCAGCUCCUGGCCAACCAACGAUCAAGGACUUGCUGAAUCUAUACAAUUUCAGACAAAUUGGAGCUGAUACAAAAGUAUAUGGAAUUAUCGGGAAGCCUGUUGGUCACAGUAAAUCACCUGUUUUAUAUAAUGAAGCAUUCAAGUCAGUUGGUUUCAAUGGGGUCUUUGUGCAUUUGUUAGUGGAUGACAUUGCCAAUUUUCUCCAGACUUUCUCAUCCACAGAUUUUGCAGGAUUCAGUUGUACAAUUCCUCAUAAGGAGGCUGCAGUGAUUUGCUGUGAUGAGGUUGAUCCAAUUGCAAAGGCAAUAGGAGCUGUUAAUUGCAUUAUACGAGGACAAAAUGAUGGGAAAUUGUUUGGUUACAACACAGAUUAUGUCGGUGCUAUCUCAGCUAUUGAGGAUGGACUACGAGUUUCGAAAAAGAGUAAUGAUUCAGCUGGUUCACCUUUAGCUGGUAAGCUUUUUGUAGUCAUUGGUGCUGGUGGGGCGGGCAAGGCACUUGCUUACGGAGCAAAAGAAAAGGGAGCAAAGGUUGUGAUUGCUAAUCGAACUUUUGAACGAGCGAAAGAACUUGCAGACUUAGUCGGAGGAGAUGCUAUAUCUCUUGCUGCAUUGGAGAAUUUCCAUCCAGAGGACGGCAUGAUUCUUGCAAAUUCAACUUCUAUCGGAAUGCAACCGAAAGUCGACGAGACGCCCAUUCCUAAGAAUGCAUUGAAGCAUUACUCUCUGGUAUUUGAUGCGGUUUACACCCCAAAAAUAACCAGACUAUUGAGAGAAGCAGAAGAAUGUGGAGCCACAACUGUUUCAGGAUUGGAGAUGUUUAUUGGGCAGGCAUAUGGACAAUAUGAGAGGUUCACCGGAUUACCUGCACCCAAGGAACUGUUUCAAGAAAUCAUGUCAAAGUACUAAUUCCAGCUUCCUCUUCAAUCUAAUCAUAUAGAUGGCCUUCACUUCCAUGAUUAAUUAAAAUUAAUAUCUUUAUCUUCUCCCUUUGUCAUUUUGGGAGGCAGAAAAGGAAAUGUCACUUGAUUCAUUUUUUAGGAAAUUGUAAGAUUUAUUUCUUUUAUAUAAUGUUGGCAAAAUUUAUUCUGA